UCCAUUGCUAUGUAACUGUAUCGAUUAUUAAUCUUAACGGAAUUUUAACUGAAAUCUUCGUUUCUGUUAGAUUUUAGUUUUGAUCAUUAUGAUGCUGUUGUUUCAAUUCACUAUAUGUUUUAGAAGAAUUUCUAGUUCUCAAGUUUUGUUAAAUUUCAAGGAUAUUGAAAUAAUCGUGUGUAUAAUCUGUGAUUUCAAUGUUCGGUAGUGAAAUUGAGAAUCUGCAUAAUGCACCUACACAUCUAAUAGAAGGUGUGUCGGUGACACGUGUGUUAUGAACAACGUGCAAGUGUCUGACACUGACACCGGAACCGGCACGUACACAUGUGAUUACAUUGAAUCCUGUCAUUUUCUAAGAUUAUUAUUGGUCUCGUCGUGUCAGUGUAUGUGUCUAUGUUUGUCCUUCAAACUGACAAUUUAGAUUGGAGGCAUGCUGAAUCGCGUCAAUUUCUCAAGUUAUCACUAAUGCUGACUUGUCAUGCCGUGUCUGGUGUCUUUGUUAAUGCCUCAUAGCUGUUUUUAUAUGAUUCACGUGUUUUUCUAGUUGUUAGGAUCUUGGUCUUCUAAUUAUUAUGCUUUUAGGUGUCAGUGUAGUGUCAAUGCUCCAUAGCUAUUAUUUAUAUGAUUCACGUAUUCUAGUUAUUAGGAUCUUGGUGUUCUAACUAUGAUAAUUAUGAUGCCGUUGUUUCAAUUGACUCUAUGUUUUAGAAGAAUUUAUAGUUCUUAUAAGUUUUGUUAAAUUUCAAGGAUAUUGAAAUAACAGUGUAUAAUCUGCAAUUUCAAUAUUCGGUUGUGAAAUUGGGAGUCUGUAUAAUGCAGUUACUGUUUUUUCUAGGUAGAUAUAACACCAUCGAAGGUGUGGCGGUGUAUGACACGUGUCGGUGUCUGACAUUGACAGAUGUGAAUACAUUGAAUCAUGUCAUUUUCUCAAAUUAUUAUUGGUGUCGACGUGAGUGUCCGAUAUCUGUGCUUCAUACCGACACUUUAGAUUGGAGGAAAGUGGAACAAAUAGCAGAAGAAGCCGAAUCGUUAAGAGAGAGUUUGGAGAAAUAUAACUCAAGGAAUCAUAAACGAAUGAUGGAAGCUAAAGAAAGAGAAGAGCUUCUGGGAAGAGUUAACGGGGAUCCUAGUCAUGUUUUGAGAAUAUUCGACGAUGAUACGCAAGCGAUGCUGUCAGUUCGCAAUUCUGCACGUGAAUUGGAAAAUGCUAAUGCACUUGGAGAGACAAUACUUUCAUCUAUUCAUGGACAAAGGGAACGCUUGAAGAGUGCGCAUAGGAAAGCAUUGGAUGUUCUCAAUACAGCGGGGAUAUCAAACCGUGUUUUGAGGCUAAUUGAGAGACGUAACCGUGUUGAUCAAUGGAUCAAAUAUGCAGGGAUGAUUUUGACUGUCAUUUUCUUGUUUGCUUUUGUUCUAUGGAGACGUUAACACUCCCAGUUGUUGAAAAAUUGACAUUUCUCAAGUUCCUCUGUGGAAAAUGUAUAAAAUUUUGAUUUAAGGUCUAUCAAGGCUGACCAGCAGAGUAGGUUUUUCAGAAGAAAAAAAAUGCUCCUUAUAAAUCCCAUGUUUAUCACCGACACCCUAUAUAUCUUGGCGGAAUUGUCAAUGAAUGGUAUAUUAUAGUUUGUUCAGAUUCGUGACAGGAUUUAAUUCAGCCUUGCUAAAAUGAUUAAAUUCACUCUUGUUGAUUUGAUAAUAUCCGGUACAUUUAUUUGUUGUAUACCACAGUAUAUUGUAAUUUUCAUUGUAAUUGGUUUUCUUUUACAAGUGUUGAGGAUGGCGGAUUUAAUUCAGCCUUGCUAAAAUGAUUAAAUUCACUCUUGUUGAUUUGAUAAUAUCUGGUACAUUUAUUUGUUGUAUACUA